CGGAGACAUCCAGCGUUGUUACCACAGAGAUGAUGAUACGCGUUAUUUGGUCCUCUGUUUAUCCACCGACUCCCGAUCACUUUCGCUGCUUAUCAGACGGUUGUUUUGGAAAGAAAAAGCACAGCUGUGGAAGCACCCCACGAAAUAUCUGAUAUGAUGUCAUCCAUUUAAUGAGGUGUUCUCAGGAUGCAUCCAACACGUAGUCCCUCCAUUCCAACUGGCGCUGAUAGAGAUGCCCUGGACCUCAGUCUGUCUGGUUCCCAGCUUUCUAUAUCUAAGAGACCAGGCAGUGCAUCUCCAGGGACUGGGAGGUACUUCUCCCGGUCUGUGUCUGUGGCUGGUGACAGCAGAGGGAAACGCAACACCCUGAGUGAUGCCAACAUUGGUAACUCCCGCUCUAUCAAGAACCUAAGGCGGUCCAACAGCACCACUCAGGUCAACCAGCAGGCCAACCUCAGUUUGAGUCAGGACCAGAGCAACGAUUACUUGGCUCUGUUUGACAGCAGCUCAGAUGGACGCAAGAAACUGGCGAGCCUCAGCAAGAUAUCACCAGAGAGAACCACAUGGAACAUCCUGGACGAUCAGCCCAGAAUCUUUCCAUCUCACUCCAGCUCCCGCAGCACUGGCAGCAUGGACUCACCCACCAGCCUGAAGAGAAAAGAACCUGGCAUCAGUCUGGCUGCUACCUUCACAGCCAACAACAGGAGCAACAAGGGAGCUGUGGGAAACUCGGUUACCACCAUCUUACACAACAACCACUCGGAGAAGCCUCUCACACCUAAAAGCUCAAAUCAGAAGCCUUCCUUCAAUAACAUCCUGAAGGCCACAGCAAACGAUGAGGUUUUGGUGGAGAAUAGCUCUGUCACAAAAUCCCAGAAGAAUUUCUCCUCCUCGUCUUCCACCCCCAACAACAGAUCUCCGGUGUCGGCUCGGCCCUGCAGCCCCAUCCCGCCACGGCGGAGGGAAGCCACAGAGGAGGAGGCUGAAAGGUUUAUUCAGCAGGUGAACCAGGCUGCCAUCACCAUCCAAUGCUGGUACAGACAGCAUGCCAAGAGAAAACACAGCAACCAGGCAGCACUCAAACAAUUCCUUGCUGAUAAAGGAAAGGAGUGGGAGGAGAGAAGAGAGGAGGAUAGUCGCCUGGAGCAGCAACAUCGGAAAGCAGAAGACAGAAAACGGAUCCGGGAGGAGAAAGCCCAACUAGCCCGUCUUGCUGCCAUCCAGGAGCUGCAGCAGAAAAGAGCCCAGCGAGCUGCGAACAUGCAGCAUGCAGCCCAUGUUGAUCAGGAAAGCCUGUGUCAAACGGGAGCAGUGGGACGGAAGAAGCAGCCUAAGACGUCCUCUAGCAAUAAGAGUCCAGAUUCACUGAGCAACAUCAGCCUGGUGUCGCCCACUCACACCAAAUCUAAAAAUGCAGGAGCAUCACUGAUUAUUGCUUGGUGGUAUGCUUCCACAGAUUCCAAUCUGAACAUUAUGACUGAGUUAAGUGACCUUAGCUUCAGAGCUGUUUCUCCAACCCUGUCCAGUCACAAAGAUACUCAGGAGCAGGAGGACCGAGCAGGAGACGUUCCUCUCAGGCAUCAUGAGAGCGGAAAAAAACUCAUUCGUAAAGAGAAACCUCAUCUAACUCGCCUUGCUGCCCCCCCUCUCAACUCAUCUGAUGAACAGAAGCAGAAACGAGCUCCUGCAGCUGCUGAGGAUCAGCACGCUGCCAAGGUGGAGGUGGAGAACAUCAGGCAGACUGGUGCAGUGGGAAGGAGGAAACUUCUCAGGAUCACCCCAACCAACAACAGUCCUGUUUCACUGAGCAACAACAGCCCCAAAUCCCCCACAGACAUCAAAACCAACAACACAGAAUCUAAUUUAAAUGUGGCUGAUGGAGCUGACCUCAGCUUCAGAGCAGUGUCUCCAUCUUUGUCAAAUCACAGAGGAUCUCAGUGUUCCCAGGAGGUCCUACAGAUGUCUGUGAGUGUGGAGGACCAGCAUCAGGGAGCUCAGUCCAGCAGAGCGCAGUCUAAAACAACAUUGAUUGAGCUGCUGGACACCCUAAAGAUGUUAGAGGAGGAGCCAGAGAGACUUUCAGAACCACGGUGCUACCAAAAGGAGAAGUACGCCUGGAUAGACGAAGACAGAGAAUCUAACUCACUGACCGCCGAUAACCUGGAGCGUCAUGGCCAGCUGAGCCACCAUCCUGCACUGCCAGAAGGGGGCGCUCUGCUGUCUGAAGCAAAGCUGCAGAGCAUCAUGAGCUUCCUGGAUGAGAUGGAGAAGUCCGAGCAGGAAAGGCCUCGAUCAGUAACCUCGGGUUCUCACAGAGAGGCUGUGUUCUUUGAGGAGGAGCUGGUUGGAGUUGAACAAGCAUCAGCUACAGCAGCUGAGGUUUCUGGCUCCAUGAUGAAAAUGAAACUGGAGCUGGAGGAGAAGAAACGCACCAUCAGCAUGCUGCAGACAGCUCUGGCUCAGCAGAAGGAACUGAUGGCGAGACAUCUGAAGGAGAUGGAGAAGGAGCUAAGCAACAAUUUCCAGCUUCAGCAGGAGCAAUAUGAAGCUGCCAUCCAGAGACACCUGACCUUCAUCGACCAGCUCAUCAAUGAUAAAAAAGCUCUGAGUGAGCGCUGUGAAGGAGUGGUGGCUGAACUGAAGCAGGUGGACCAGAAGUACACAAAGAAGAUUGUUCAGAUGCAGCAGCAGCAUGAGAUGGUGUGGCAAAUUCUCGGCCCCUUGUGCGAGGAGAUCAAGAAGUUAAAGGAUCUAAUGAGCGCCACAGAAAAGAUUCGCAGAGAGAAAUGGAUUGAUGAGAAAACCAAAAAGAUCAAGGAUAUCACAAUAAAAGGACUGGAACCAGAGAUCCAGAAGCUGAUUUCUAAACAUAAGCAGGAGCUGAAGAAGCUGCGAACGCUGCAUGAGGUCGAGCUGCUGCAAGCAGACGAACGGGCUGCGCAGCAAUACGUCCGUCAGAGCGAGGAGCUCCGGCAACAGCUGGAGAAGGAGAAGGAGGAACAGUGCCAGAAGGAGAGGGAGCUGGCAAAACAGAGGUACGAGAAGCAGUUGCAGGAGGAGGAGUUGUCCCUGCAGCAGCAGAGGAGGCGUCUCUACCAGGAGGUGGCUGAGGAGAAAGAGAGGCUGGCCAAUCUGGCUGCCAGGCAGCGGGUUGAGCUUGAGGAUCUUCGACAGCAGCUGGAGGAGAACAGCUCUCUGGCUGGACGAGCCCUCAAAGAGGAGAUGGAUCAGUGCAGAGAGGAGCAGGAGAGGAGGCACCAGAUGGAGAUGAAGGUCCUACAGGAACGUCUGGAUAUUGAAAAGCAAACAUGGGAAGAAAACCACAAGAAGAAAGAGGAAGCAUGGAUGCUGAGCUGUGAGCGCGAGCUGAAGGAAAAGCUGCGGCGAGAACGUGACAAAGAGAUAGAGCUUGCCAUCUGGACGCUGGAGGAGGAGACUAGCAAGGACAAGGAAGAGUGUGAGAGGGCAGCAGACAACAGGGUGAGGCGUCUGAGGGAAAAGUUUGAAGCAGAGCUGAGGGAGCUAGAGCACUCAGAGAGGGCUGCUGUUGAGAAAUAUCAGGAUCUGAGGAAGCAGCAGAUGGAGACGGAGGGAGAGCUGAUCCGGGAUCAGGCCUUGCUCCGACAGAAAGAGAAGGAGAUUGAAGACAUCACACAGAACAGGGACAAACUGGUGGAUGAACGCCGCAACCUAGCAGAGGUGAUAAGGCAGGAGUUCGCUGACCAGUUGGUAAUGACAGAGGUGGAGAACCGCAGACUAAAAGUGGACAUGUCGGAAGUCCGAGCAAAGCUGCGACUGGAGGUGGACAGGAUCACCAGGGAGAAGGAGGAGGAACUGGCUGAGGUCCACCAACGAGUGAGGUCAGCCAUCUUGAAGAAGGAGGAAACUGUUAAUAAUCUCCGGAAGCAGCAUGAGGCUGCUCUGCAGAGGGCUGAUCACCUGGAGGCUCUGUGGGAGCAGCAGAGGAAGCAUCUUUUGGAGAAGUGACCAACAGAAAGGACUGGUCUUGUCUCCACCCAACACACACACACACACACACACACACACACACACACACACACACACACACACACACACACACACACACACAGAUGUUAUGUGACUUACCUCACUAAAAAAACACAUACUGGAGAAAUACUCUGGAUUGGACUGUAAGGUUCCCCAGCCUCACCCCUUGAGGCGAGAAGACAUCUGCCAUGUUGGAACUCCACAUUAAAGGACUACAUGUGGACUUUCCUGUCUUUUCUGGUCCAAACGUAACCUGCUCUGCUGGUCUGCUGCAGACCUUGGGAGCAGGAAUGUUCAUUAACCACACAGAUCUGUUCCAGAUGUUAGACCUUCCCCAGACUGCCGGUGUGAAGCCAUAGCCAGCAGGACCUCUUCCUUCUGGACCUCCAUCUGUUUCAUGAGCCUGAAUCAUGUUGGAGCGCUCUGUAACCAGCUGAGUCAUGUUUGUCCCUUGAGGCCAGUGCUAAUUACAGGGUCUUUAACCUCCCCUUCUCCCACCACGUGACCAGCUCAGCUCAGAUCAUACAGAUUAGAUGGGUCUUGAAGAAAUAUUUGGAGCUAACAAAAUGAUGAGAUGUAACACACUAGCAGAGAGAGUGUAGAACAUUGGUAAAAUGAUGGGGCAUGUAGGCAUCUUAAAGGCAAAAAUGUCUGAGGUCAGAUGAUUGCAGAGCGGCUCUGAGGGUUUCUGAAUGUGGGAAAGAAGAAGGGAUGGAGAGGAGAAGGAAUGUACAGAAAUUGGUUAGGAUUAAAACGGCAGAGCUGGGUCAGAUCGAGGUGGCGGGUGAGUCUGAGGGGGCACAGGACCAGACGUCUGGUAAAACCUGGUCGAGAGGCUUCACUGGGACCAAAUAUGACCAGCUGGCUAUUAUAUCAGUAGAGUUUUAAUCAUUCCUACACCUAAACAUGGAAUGUGCUUAUGUUUCUGCCACACUCAGGGACACCGGAAGUCUCUGUGGAUAAGAUUUCAGUUCAUGCCCUGCUCUUGGCUGCUCAGAGAAACUCUAAACCUGGAAGGAAGGCCAGUGAUUAGAAACAGUCAGUCAGAGACCAUAGCAUGGUGGUUGUUUCAGUUUCCACAAUUCCCAAAUAUACAUAUUUAUUAUUUUCUUUUAUUUAUUUCUACAUUUGUCCACCAUUGUUUUGUUGUUCGUCCACAGAGACGCCAAAAGAUAUGAUUUAAUUCCUAAACUUUAUCAACACUGAAUGUUUUUUACUCUGUACAGGAACACUAAACCGUUACUGAUGUUUUUGUUACUUGUUCUGAUGUUUUAGUGGUUUUUCUGACGGGGAGGUCAUCUGAGUGCUGGUGUGUGAGACUGCUAGGUUUGUGUUACGGCCUUAGUUCAACUGUUGGUAACGGUUACAACAGAUCACUUUCUUAAUGAAAAUGUGAUACGCGAUAAUGUCUCUCUCACACACACACACACACACACACACACACACACACACUCGUCCUUUAAGUGCCAGUGACUGUCUCCACUCCCCUCUUUGUUUCAGAGCCCCCCCCCCCCCCCCCCCACACACACACACACACCACCACCACUAAUUGGGUGUGUCAGAUACACACAGUCACAUACGAACUCAUUCCAGCUGUGUUAUACUUCCACAUCUGUAUUCAGACACCUAGAUGCAUCAUUUUCCUACUCUGUUGUAGUUUAGUCUCAGUUUGUUUUUCACAACAACGGUUCGAAAACUGUGAAUACGGUUGUGACUGAUGUGUUAUCAAAAGAAGAAUAAAAGCAAAACAGUUGGUU